GGCACCUCAAGGACCUCUGUGACCGUCUCCAGCUGGCUCCCAGACGCUACAGCACAAUCAGCACCCUCCACACGGGUCUCCACCACCAUGAGGGAUUUGGUGUGCUACACCGCCACCUCGUGUUCGGCCGUGCAGCUGCACUCCCCCGCUGAGCGCUCAGACGGGCUUGGCGCUCCGAGGUCUGCAGGCUGCUGCCGCCUUCUCUCAGCCCGAACACAGCUUCUCCUCCCGCAGAUACCCCGGGGCUGACAGCCGUCCUCCCCGCUCUACAGGGACACCCUUAAGGAGACCUAAAACUGCCUUUUCCGACGCUGUGCCUCCUCUAAAAGAGCCGCCUCGGUCUGCUUGUGUGAAUAAAGAGCUGCGGUAAAGAGAGACACAGCCUCCCCUCCUCAGCCGCUACAUAUCAGGAUCUUUUUAAUGCUGCAGACUGCUGUGAUGAAUACUGAUACGUGGUCAGGGGACAAACAGUGAAGGAGCCAGAGGAAUCCUGGUUUGAUAUGUGGAGGGAAGACUGCGUGUUGGAGCCAGGGAUUGCACUCUGAGGAGGAAGCUAACAUAACUGUUAUCUUCAUAUAAAACUACACUACAACCUGCAAGCUGACAGUCCUCACCAGUGUUCUUUUUGCUCCAGACAUCAUAAUGAAGUUCUCUCGGUAGCCCUUUGCUACUGGUUUGGCAUUGAUCCUGCUCCUCAAAACCUUCCCAGCGCUGAUAACACUCAGAGACACAUUUCACUUUAACCGUACAAACAACCACCUGCCAUGGAUCGUCUGUGUCCGGGUGAAGGCGUGAGCCGGACACGGGCCCUCGUCGGCAAACUGUAGCCAUCUGGAUUCUCUUCAACUUAUUUCCUGUGAUUUUACUCUGGAGUUACUCUGUAUUCGGACCAGGGAUGGAUGUACCGGAAGCCAGCAAGCAUGGCAAGAAGUCAACAAGUCAAAAGCUGGAGGACCAGAAAAAGAUUUACACAGACUGGGCCAAUCAUUACCUGGCCAAGUCUGGCUGUCCACGCCUCAUCAAGGACCUGAGCCAGGACGUCACCGAUGGAGUCCUGCUGGCACAGAUCAUCCAGAUCAUAGCGAAUGAGAAGGUGGAGGAUAUCAAUGGCAGCCCCAGGAGCCAGUCGCAAAUGAUCGAGAAUGUGGACGCCUGCCUCAGUUUCCUGGACGCCAGAGGAGUGAACGUACAAGGGCUCUCAGCGGAAGAGAUCAGGAAUGGCAACCUAAAGAGCAUCCUGGGUCUCUUCUUCAUCCUGUCUCGCUACAAGCAGCAGCAGCAGCAACAGCAGCAGUACUACCAGUCCCUGGUGGAGCUCAGCCAGCAGACCAGCAGCACUGCACCGUCCGCCAGCAGCCUCAAGACACAAGAGAUGCAGUCCAGUCUCACAGCACGAUAUGCAAGUCCUCCGGGCCACAGUGGAAUAGGGUCACCACAGAAGAAAAACACAAGGUUACCAGGCCCCUCCAGAGUACCUGCUGCAGGCAGCGGGGCCUCCAGGAGCCCGGGCUCAUCCAACCUCAACCGCCGCAGCCAGAGCUUCAACAGCAUCGACAAGAGCAAGCCUCUUCAGUAUGCCAGCGGCAACGACAGAGAAGCGGUGAGGGGUAUCCCAGCACCUGGUGGGAUGAAUGGGAGCGGUAUUGGUGGGACAGUCCCCACCAGCCUCAGCGGGCAGCAGCUGGCCUCUGCCAUCCCUUCACCCACCACCGGCAAGUCCUGGCGCAGCAAGUCCAUGAACCUCAAGCACAGUGCCACUUCGUCAAUGCUGGCAAGCCCCGCGCACUCGCCCUCCCCCACCCAUUCUCCCCAGGGCCCUGAGGGCCUUCUGCCUCAUGGAAGCGAUGGGUCAAAAGUGGGGUCGGCCGGCAGUGGUGGACCUCAGAGGUCCAUGCUGGAGAAGUUCCGGCUGAUUAACCCUAGAUCAGCUUCACGGGCGUCGCCGUCUGUGGCAGAGAUGGCUCUGCAGGAGGAGGAUGACCUGUCAGAGUAUGGUGAGGACGGAUUGACGCCCACGGGGUCGGUGUGCAGCAGCGGCAGUAGCAGUGCCACAGCCAAGCAAAUGUCUACCAAGACCUCUGGAUCGUCCCUCACUGCACCAAGCAAGACUUCCUCUUCUUCCUCCCCAUCCUCUUCAUAUUCAAAAGGGUCUGCCAAUGGCAGCAGGUCUGUGUCCAAAGACAAGGAGGACAAAACCAAGUCUGGGAAAUCUUCUAAGGACAGCUCUGCACCCAAAGAGGAGCGUGAGUCAUUUGCUGACCCCACCAAGAAGACCUCCAAAAUUGCCAGCCUCAUCCCCAAGGGAGGGAAGCCAUCAUCUGGAAAGAAAGAUGGUGGCGCCUCCAGUGGCAUCCCUAAGCCAGGACUUAAAGCUCCCUCCACCACAACAUCCAAGCCUCAGAGUCAGUCACAGAGCCAAAGCCAGGCCGCCUUAAACAGCAGCGGCAACAUGCGGGGCGGAGAGGGGGAGAGGGCCAAGCUGACAAAAGGAGGGCAGGGUGGGAGUUUCUACAUACAGCGCUCCAUUGGGGGCCCAGAGGGCAAAAGGACCAGCAUGACCUCCUCUACCAGCACAUCAGCACUGUCUGGGUCCAGUGGGAUGCUGGGAGGAGGUGGAGGGGGUGGAGGAGGAGGAGGAGCAGCGCUGGGAGGGAACGGAGUAGUUCAGCUUCCUCAGCAGCAGCAGCACAACCACCCCAAUACUGCCACUGUGGCCCCCUUCAUGUACAGGACAUUCUCAGAAAAUGACUGCACCAUGGUGGCCCCAGCCGACCCCUGCCUCAGCCCCACCAAGGGAGAGCUGGUCUACAGCAAGACAGCCAAACAGUGCCUGGAGGAGAUAUCAGGAGAGGAUCCUGAGACGAGACGCAUGAGGACGGUGAAGAACAUCGCUGACCUGCGGCAGAACCUGGAAGAGACCAUGUCCAGUCUACGGGGGACACAGAUCACCCACAGUACUCUAGAAACAACCUUCGACACCACAGUAACCACUGAGGUCAAUGGGCGGAGUCUACCAGCCCUCACCACACGCUCCUCCCCCAUGGCCUGGCGCCUGGGCCAAUCACAAACCCCGCGUCUUCAGGCAGGCGAUGCCCCCUCAAUGCCCAGCAGCUACGCUGCUCCCAGGGCGACCACGACGAGUGCUGGCACCACCACAGGGCGCUACAGCGGGCACUCGGACCCCUCCAGGUUUGUGUUCAGCACCCCCCUGAGGCGAGCAGCGGCGGCAGCAGGGGCGAGGGGGGCGGAGCAGGGGGAGAAGGGAGGAGGAGGGCUGGAAGGAGGGAAGCAGAUGGAGGUGGCAGGGUACAUGAGUGAUGGGGACAUCCUAGGGAAGAACGGACGGAUGGAUGAGCUCACCAGCGGGUACCUUACAGACGGCGGCCUUCAUCUGUAUGCGCGGAACGCAGGCCGAGGCUCAGACGUGGCUUCUUCUCGAGAAAUAUCCCAGAGAGGGAGCAAAGAGGUGCAGGGCGACAUAGACAGUUGGGACGACAGCAGCUCAGUGAGCAGCGGCCUCAGCGACACAUUGGACAACAUCAGCACUGAUGAUCUGAACACACCCGCCUAUUCUGCUGUCAGCUCGUCACGCAAAAGCAAGGGAGCACAGUCCCAGAGAGGAAGCAGGUCCAAGCAUGCAGAGCAGGAGGUGAGCAGCAGCUGGGCCGGAGCCGAGGACCUGAAGAAGGUGGAGGAGGAGCUGGACGCAAGCAUGGACCCCAGCAGCGGCUCCUCCCGUUGGAAGCCUUCCUCAUCCUCCUCAUCUUCCACUCAAGCCCAGGGCCAGUACGAGGAGGCCGGUCAGAAGGCCGCUGCGUUGGCCCAGAUGUCCCAGACGGGCUCAUGGAGGAGGGGCAUGACCGCCCAGGUGGGCAUCACACCACCCAGGUCCAAGGGUACCUCUGCUGCCCUCAAAACACCAGGCAAAACUGAUGAUGCUAAGGCCUCAGAGAAGGGCAAGGCGCCUUCUAAAAGUUCAGCUGGCAUCCAGCGCUCACCCUCAGAUGCUGGGAAGAGUAGUGGAGACGAAGGUAAGAAACCUCCCUCCGGCAUUGCACGCCCACCAACCACUGGUUCAUUUGGAUACAAGAAGAUCCCAGGUCCCACUGGUACCCUAAUCACAUCCAGUGGUGCGACGCUCACCAGCGGCUCAGCCACCCUGGGCAAGGCGCCCAAAUCCUCAGCUGCCCUUGGCAAAGGCGCAGGCAUCGGCGGUGUGCGUAAGACCAGCCUGGAUGGCUCACAGCCGCAAGAUGAUGGCAUUCUACUCAGCUGCAGUGGCUCCAAAGUGACCCUGCAGUACCGGUCCUUACCCAGACCAGCCAAAUCCUCCAGUGGGGUGGCAGCGGGUCGCAGCGGGCAUCGCUCCAGCUCUAGCAGCAUCGACUCAAACGUCAGUGGCAAGUCGGCCGGAGGGGCAGCGACGCAAGCGGGCGCCAAACGCAGAGAUGGGAAAAUGGGCUCCGACCGCUCCAGUCCCAUCACCAUUAACCAGACAGACAAGGAGAAAGUGGCGGUGUCAGACCAGGACCCAGCAGCAGGGCUAUCCACCUCCCCCAAAUCCAGCCCCACCUCCAGUUCAACAGGUCAAACAGGCCUCAGGCAGCCGGGCUCCAAGUACCCCGACAUUGCUUCUCCUACUUUCCGCAGAUUGUUUGGCACCAAAGCCAGCAGCAAGGCCAGCUCUCCGGGCACGCCCGACUCUGGCAAGUGCCCCUCAAUACUGGGCAGCCCCCACGGCACGCUGGCGAGGCAGGCCAGUCUGGACUCACCCUCCUCUGGCACGGGGAGCCUGGGCAGCGCUGGCGGCCUGAGCGGUGGCAGCAGCCCGCUGUACGGCAAAACCCCAGACCUGUGCACUGACUCCCCAGCCUCCAGCCCGGCCUCUGGCCUCUCCCUGCCCUCCAACGCUCGGCCCUGGCCUGCCUGUAGCUCGUCAGCCGGCAGCAAGGACACACUGAGCUGCCAAAGCAUGACCAGUCUGCACACCAGCUCUGAGUCCAUUGAUCUGCCGCUGGGCCACCACGGGCCCAAGGUCACACGAACCGGCAGUGUCAAGUCCACCCUGUCUGAGGGCAUGCCUCUUGACAGAAACACGCUUCCCAAAAAGGGACUGAGGUACCCUCCGUCCUCACGGCAGACGUCCCAUGAGGAAGGAAAGGAGUGGUUGAGGUCCCAUUCAACAGGGGGGCUUCAAGACACAGGCAGCCAGUCCCCUCUGUCUCCUCCUGGAGCUUCCUGCACCACCACUGGAAAAUACCACUACUCCAACCUGCUGAGCCCCACUAACAUCAGCCAGUAUAACCUGCCACCAGGCAGCAGCAGCAUGAGCCGCUCCAACAGCAUCCCUGCCCAGGACUCCUUUGACCUGUACGGAGAGGGUCACCCACUGGGUGGCAGCGCAACCUCCCUGGAGGAACGACCACGGGCCAUCAGCCGCUCCGGCUCUUUCAGGGACAGCACUGACGAAGUCCACGGCUCUUCACUGUCUCUGGUCUCCAGCACAUCUUCACUGUACUCUGCAACGGAGGAGAAAGCACACUCAGAGGGCCAAACUGUCCAAAAUUCCACGCAAAUCAGAAAGCUGCGCCGGGAGCUGGACGCCUCUCAGGAGAAGGUGGCGACCCUGACGUCUCAGCUGGCUGCCAAUGCCCACCUGGUGGCAGCCUUCGAGAAGAGCCUGAGUAACAUGACCUGCCGCCUGCAGAGCCUCACCAUGACCGCUGAACAAAAGGAGUCUGAGUUGGCUGAGUUGAGGGAGACGAUAGAGUCUCUAAAGACCCAGAACACCGACGCCCAGACAGCCAUCCAGGUGGCGCUCAACGGCCCUGACCACCUACACAAAGACUUGCGGAUUAGACGGCAGCACUCCUCAGAAAGUAUGUCCAGUAUCAACAGCGCAGCCAGUCACUCCAGCAUGGGCAGUCUGGGCAAGGAUGCAGAAGAUAAAAAGAAGAAGAAGAAGAGCUGGGUGGCUGACUCCAUCCCGGCUCAGUUACGCAGCUCCUUCAAGCAGGCGUUCAGCAAGAAGAAAACCAAAUCCCAGUCAGCUCACGACGAGAUGGAGGAGAUGAGCGACUCGCUGCCGUCCUCACCCAAACUGCAGCACGACAACAGGCAAGGCAGCAUCGCCACGCUGCGCUCCUCGCCCUCCACCACAGACAAGUGCGUUUGUGAUAGCAAGUCCUCCCCCAUUUGGACUACAAAGAAAAAGCAAAACGGUCACAUGGUCUACAAGCACAGAUCUCGGCUCUGCGAAUGCACCGAAGCUGAGGCUGAAAUUGUCCUCCAGCUGAAGAACGAGCUGAGGGAGAAGGAGCUUAAGUUGACAGACAUCCGCCUGGAGGCACUUAGCUCCGCCCACCACCUGGACCAGAUCCGAGAGGCCAUGAACCGCAUGCAGAACGAGAUUGAGACACUGAAAGCGGAGAACGAUCGCCUCAAGUCCAGCGGUAACGCCACGCCAACAGCCACGCCGAUCAAGACGGCUCGGCCACCCUCCGAGACCUCCAGCACGUCCUCGUCCUCCUCGCGUCAGUCCUUGGGGCUGUCACUCAACAACCUCAACAUCACUGACACCAUCAUGUCAGUUUCAGAUAUUCUGGAUGACAGCUACGAGGGCAAUCUACGCAAAGAGGGCCGCAGUGUGCGAAUAGUGGUUACCAUCAGCAGCUGGCCAAAUAUCACCAAGGGUACACAGAGCCAGGCGUACCUGAUUGGGUCUAUAGGCGUGAGUGGGAAAACCAAAUGGGAUGUCCUGGAUGGAGUCAUCCGGCGCCUCUUCAAGGAGUAUGUGUUUCGGGUGGACCCUCUGACCAGCCUGGGUCUCAGCUCAGACAGCAUCGUCUGCUACAGGAUGGGUGAGGUGGUUCGCUCCCACGCCUCCGAAGUGCCUGAGCUGCUACCCUGCGGCUACCUGGUGGGCGACAGCAACGUCAUCAAGGUCAACCUCAAAGGUGUGAAGGAGAACAGUAUUGACAGCCUUGUCUUUGACACACUGAUUCCGAAGCCCAUCAUCCAGCGCUACCUCAACCUGUUGAUGGAGCAUCGUCGUAUCAUCCUCUCAGGACCCAGCGGCACAGGCAAAUCCUUCAUGGCCGCCAAGCUGGCCGAGUACAUUAUUUACCAGAUGGGGCAGGAGGUGACCGAGCACAACGUGGCCAGCUUCAACGUGGACCAGAAUUCCAGCAAGGACCUGCGUCAGUACCUGUCCAACCUGGCCGAACAGUGUAACUCUGAGGAGACGGACACAGAGCUCCCCACUGUGGUCAUCCUGGACAACCUCCACCAUAUUGGCUCCCUCAGUGACAUAUUCAACGGCUUCCUCAACUGCAAGUACCACAAAUGCCCUUAUGUUAUUGGGACCAUGAACCAAGGAGUUUCCUCCUCUCCUAACCUUGAGCUACACCACAACUUUAGGUGGGUGCUGUGCACCAACCACACCGAGCCGAUCAAAGGUUUCCUGGGCCGUUUCCUGCGGCGGAAGCUGAUAGAGACAGAGAUCGAUAGGAAUAUGCGCAGCAAUGACCUGAUAAAGAUCAUCGACUGGAUCCCCAAAACCUGGCAGCACCUCAACGGCUUCCUGGAGGCACACAGCUCCUCCGAUGUCACCAUAGGCCCCCGUCUCUUCCUGUCCUGUCCUAUGGAUGUAGAAGGCUCUCGGGUUUGGUUCACCGACCUGUGGAACUACUCCCUGGUGCCCUACCUGCUGGAGGCUGUCAGGGAAGGGCUUCAGCUAUACGGCAAAAGAGCAGCUUGGGAGGAUCCAUCCAAGUGGGUAAACGACACGUAUCCGUGGAACGCCGCUUCUCUCCUGCAGGACGGCCAGUCGCUGCUCCAACUGAGGCCGGAGGACGUGGGAUACGACGGCUAUAGCUCAUCCAAGGAGGGAGCCUCGUCCAAGCAGGUGUCUCAGAGUGACACUGAGGGAGACCCACUGAUGAACAUGCUGCUACGGCUGCAAGAGGCAGCUAACUACUCCAGCACGCAGAGCUGCGACAGCGACAGCACCAGUCACCACGACGACCAGCUGGACUCAUCGCUGGAGUCGGCGCUAUGAGACCCGAGAGCUGAGCUGGGAGACGCCGAACCCCUCAGAACGCCAGGGGAGCCUUUGAGCCUCCGUCGCUAGCAGACACCCCUAUAGUGCACAGAUAUAUGAUAUAUGAAAAGUUUUAUUAUCCAGAAUGGUAUACCAACCAUUUGAAAGAAAACACAUAUUUUUACAUAACAAUGGUGCAAUAUUAAAUCAAAUUAUUGUAUGUUUUAAAGAGCAGUAGCCAACUUGGUCCUCAGUGGUCAAAACGAUAAACAAUCACACAAGUUGGAUCGGUUAUAUUUUAAUCACAGUAAAUAUAAAGCUCAGCUAGUCAUUUUUUAAUGGAUGUAUAACAUUUUAGAAUACAACUUUUCAUAUAUGUGUAGGUGGGACGUGUCUGAUAAGGGACAGUUGUUCCUCUGAAGAUGACUUUCAAGGAGUAAAUCGCAUCUGUGCUCACUCCACGAUGAGCCACAGAUCACUCCAUUAUUUUGACUUUGGGUGUCAAUCCUCCAAAGUGUCCGAGAAAAAAGAGAAAGCCAAGAGUUGACGUGACAAAACUGGAUUUUUCUUUUUUUUUUUUUAAAUCCCAGAUAUAUCUUCAGAUGUUUACAAUGGGGGGGGGACAGGUUCUAUUGUUUAUGUCUUUCCUUGUUUACAGAGGUGCUUCUCACACAGACACACACACACACACACACACACACACAUACAAAUGCACUUAAACACAGGCAGCAGGAGGACACUGUCCUUUGAUCAGAGGCUUUAAUUGGUUCAAGGCCCCAUGUGACCAACACUCCAGGCUGCCAAAGUGUCCUUGGGCAAGGCACUGUUUAUACCACACUGGUACCCUGUUCUCUGACCCCACCUACUGAGGGAGGCAAGUAAGAGGAGAAUAGUAUUUUCCUGUGAUGUACCGCCCUCUGGUGGUCACAAUGGAGGUCACAACACAAACUGAAUCAGCUCCAUCAGAUAGAUUUAGUGCUUCAGUAAUGUAAAACCAGCUGUUUAACUGAACCGGCUCCUCACAAGUUACUAUUUUAGAGUAGAGUGUAGGGCUGAGGGACACUUUUCCGUCUCAUAGUUUACCACUAUAUCACCUUAUGUGGGUGUCUUUGCCUUUUAUGAACAUAAAGACAAUUCUGCACCUCUAAGACGGCACCAGAUGUGGUUGACUUGAGACAUCUGCAAAGCCUCUACAGCCCAGCUAGGAUCACAGCAAUUCCAUUUUCAUAACACACGCAUACGGCUCACAGUCCUCCUGCCCAGUCAGUUGAGCCGCGUGGUGCUGGUCUCCUGCCCUGAGCCUCCUCAGUGUCAGGCACUGCCAAGCUGCUCCUCGCUGCCCUGCAUGCCAACAACAAGCACAACGAAAGCGCAUUGUCUGUGUGUAGUCCAGCCACAUUGCUACUGUGAAGAAAAAAAAGGACAAGUGCCAAUGUUUCCCUUUGAUUUACUGCCAAAUGUGCACACACACCACCAUACACCCACAGAGACUUUACACCACAAUGCACAGCUGACCACAGUUGUAAACUUCGAUUAAGUUGUUCUUGGCCUUCCACACUCCGCAGCCUGUUGUCACCCCUUAAGCUUAGAAUGCACCAUGAAAACAGCAGGCAGCGCCUUCUGUGGGUCAUCACAGAACUCGAUCAACUGACCGUCCGCUAAACCCCUCCGCUGAACAGCAACUGUCCAAUCAUUAACAGCUCAGCACGGUACGUCUGUCAAGCUUUGGAUUUUCCCACAUGUUAAAGCAGUGUGCAUGGAGAUGUAGUUCGAGAUACACUCAGCUUUUGAAGAGUUUGAACUUUCUUAGCAUCUUUAUUAGCCUUUCCAAAACCAAAAACACCACGGCAAAAGUAUAAGAAAUAGUUAAAUAGCAUCUAACGUUACCAUGAUACACUAACCAACCUCACUAGUAAGCGAGCAUUAACAAUGCUUCCAAAACCUACUCUUUGUUGAGUUUAUAUAUAUACCGUCUUCUACAUGGAUCAUUAACUGGUGAGAAUGCUAACUCUAACAUAGCCUUACCUUACUAUGAAUCUCGAGUGGUAAACAUGCUAUCAUUAUUAUUGUGAACUGCACAGGUGUGAGAAUGGAAAGCUUGACAGGCGUAGCAACCGUUACUAAGGGGAGGGGGGGCGCGGAGUUAGCUUAUGGUCAACUGCAAAUAGCUGAGUUCCUGUGAUAUUUGUGUUUACCUGCAUAAAGAAACAAGCAGGUUGGGUUUGCUGUAACAGGAAAGCAGUACAGAUAUGAAUCAGAGCUCUGACACUGAUCAAUCAACAAAAUAUCAGUAAUAUUCAAUUGAAUGGUGCAAACUGACAUUUGAUAGUCUUGUUCAGAAUCUGCACCCAUGUGGGAUCCUUGAGCUACCAAAAAAGAAUCCAAAGUAUUUUCAAAUGCAAGGGAACAAUGAUAUUGGUGCUUUCUCACCGCCUUAAAUGUGCAAAAGUUUGGGAGGUGUCCUCUGCUCCCAUUGGCUAUAGUGAGAAGAAGAGAAGUUGAUGUCGGAUGAUGAUCUGCUUCCUGCUACGUCAAAGAAGCUGCUUGUAGUGGGAGAAACAGCCUCUUUUGUUUUUUUGUCCCUCUUCCUCCAAACCGCCCUUUCUUGUUUCUGACAGUUAAAGUAUAAAAGAGUUGAUGCUGUAUUUGAAUUUAAAACUGACCAAUAUUGUAAAAACAUUUAAAAAGGGGUGGGGUAUUUUUUAGUUGUUUUUCGCCCAGCUGAGCUGGGCUCACUUGAACUGACAGGAGCACAACCAAACUGUUUUGGGUUUUCUAGCCUGAAGAGCAUGUUUUGAAGCUUUUUAAAGGGGAUGCAUUGAGAAGAGACCUUUAUCGUUAUGUAUGCGUGUAUUGGACGGAAGCCAUUUUGAAUUUUGAUUGUCCUCUCUUUGUUUAACGAGUGGGUUGGUUUUGCACACUUUGAGGUGGGGGUGGGUUGUAAAUACUUAAGUCUUGCACAGUGAAUCAAAGAUGCAUUCUGCCCUGUUGAUGUUACAAUAUGCUUAACCCGCUGAGUAAAUUAUUGUACUUUAAAAACAGAGAGAAAAAAAAAGAAAUGCAAAAACUCAACACGCUGUCAGAAACAGGUGUGUGUCUUGUGGUGAUUGGAUGUUUUGCCUAUGCAGGAGGCAUACGGUGUACAGUAAGAACCUGUUUUUAAUUCACUAAAAUCACAACAAAAAAUAGGCACUUCUCCGGUAUUCCCCCAUCCUGCCAUAAUAUUCUCUGGAUCCUCUCCGUCUUUAGGAAUGCCUGUUGUUCCUUGGAAGCACUUCCUCUCUGGACAUUUUAACCCAAGCUUACCGCCACGUUAGGCUGUCCGAGGCACCGAAGCUGACCUGACACCGUACUGUAUACAUUUAACAACAACCAACAGGUGCUACUGGUCAGUCAAAGCCCAUCAGAGACCAAGAAGUCAUGUUGUCACAACCUCAGGACAAUCCUAUCCUCUACAAUCCUACCUGUGUUCAGCUUCACAGGUGUCUCAGCAGCCAAGCCUCUGAUGGUUCGCACAUGUAUCUGGCCUAACUUGGCCAGCCUUGCAUCUGCAAGGGUGUGUAGUUGCAUGAUAAGGGGGCAGUUAUUGUGGUAACAGGUUGCUACCUACCUACGGUUAACCCAUGUAUCAAACCUGAGUGUAGAUCUCCCAACAGUUCACCCUCUCGGCUAUUCUACACUCCCGUUAUAGGCCGUUAGUUCCCCAGCUAGCAGAGCUUUGACACCGUUAACAGUGUACACCAUAGUCUUGACCAUAGUCUUGAUGAUCAACUGGUAAUUUUUCCCACUUAACACUUUGCAGUUACAUCUCAGUUGAAAACCAUAGCAUUUACUCUGGUUUGAGAGAAAGUUUUCUUCUUUUUGGGUGAAACAUUUGUCCUUAAAUGUUUUAUAUUUUGUACAUUUGUAUGUAACAUAUCAUGUAAAUAGACAGAGACAGUGAUUUAACUCAUCUGGAGGAUUUUGUAGUCUUUGUAAAGCCCUAAUAAAUGGUAUUUGGUGUCACACGAGCAAACAA